AGUGAACUUCGGGCUCAAGGCGGUGAAUCUCCGUUUUCGCUUCCAGGAUGGCAGGUGUCCAAGACCUCCGGGCGCAGCUGCUUCAAGCGGAAUCCAACCGCAAGGAAGCUUUGCAGAUUCUAUGCAGCCAACAGGAGCAGCGAGCAAAGGCUUUGGAAGAGAUGAACUCGCGAAAGGAGGAGCAGUUGGUGAAGCUGCACAACCGCCUGCAAGAGGCUUUGACGGUGCUCCAGGAGGGUCAGAAGAUGUAUGCCCAACAACAGCAGCAAAUGGAUGCCUACCAGCAACAAAUCGAGAAGCUUUGCCAGAGCAAGAGCCCAGUGAAACUCCAUCAGAGCAAGCAUCCGUCGGAGGCAUUCGUUCGUCCCUCUUCCAGGACACAGGAGCGGCCCUCCCCUGCGGCAGACGAGGAGAAAUCCAGGGCUAGAGAUGAGGAGAAAGCUCGCGCAGGCAAGCAGGAGGAGGAGAAAGCGCGGGAUCGAGAGGAGAAGGCCGGGCAUGAGGACUUGUUGAGCGAAGACAUCAACGAGUUUCUGGGCAUGGACACGAGUGAAGCUGAACAAGUCCUAGCGGCACUCCAGGCCCUGCUGGCAGAGAAGGAGCAGCUGCACCAGCAGCUGUUGAGCGAACAGGCUGAAGCAGAGGAGCGGCUGAAAGCACUGAGAGAGAUGGGUGCCUGAGUGAGAACUGAGAGCGAGAGAACUCACGCCAAGAGGGAAGGCCCAGAUGGGAAGGCCCAGCGUGGGCUUGCCGCCAUGUGGAUGGCUGGCCCUGGCUGCGUUGGAGUUGCCGUGAUAUCGUAUUCUUCCUCACCAUCAUGGAGAAUUCCGCCAUUUCUGUAAAUCACAUUGAUCACAUUGGGAGAA